AUGUACCUGAAUGAUAGACUUAUGUCAACAAAGUAUGCUGAAGGGGUUGAACAAUUCCUAACAGUAGCUCGCACAAAUGCAACAAGCACUAACCGCACCCGUUGUCCUUGUCGUUCAUGCUAUAAUAAUAUCUUCCUCCCUAUACCUGAGGUGGAAACCCACUUGUACCUAAAUGGGAUUAAUCCAAAUUACAACACUUGGAUAUUUCAUGGGGAAGACGAGAUUCUGGAUGUUAGUGAUGACAAUCAGUCCUCAUCACCUACUGAUGAAAAUGAAUAUAUUGAUGACAUGGAGCAGAUGUUAGAUGACAUUAGGGAAGGCACGCUCAUGGAUACGUUAGACGAUUUUGCCGAACCUAGAAGUCAGCCACCUAUAGGCGAGUCAACCCCUUCAUUUUCAUUUGACAAACUAUUAGAUGAUGCACGACGUCCACUUUACCAGGGGUGUAAACAGUUUUCAAAGCUCUCCUUCAUUGUGAAGUUGCUUCAUAUUAAAUCCAUUGGUGGUUGGUCGAUAAAGUCCUUUGAUCUUCUCUUGAAGUUGUUGAGGUCUGCAUUUCCAGAUGCUCAUUUCCCUCGUUCCUAUGAAGAGUCACGGUCAUUGGAGCGGGGUUUAGGAUUCAAAUACCACAAAAUACAUGCUUGUCCUAAUGAUUGCGUGUUAUUUUGGAAGGAAAAUGAAGAUAUGAAUGAGUGUCCAAAAUGCAAGGCCCCUCGGUGGUUGCCCAAUACAUAUAGAAACCGUUUAAUCCCUCAGAAGGUGUUGGGUCAUUUUUCUUUGAAGCCGAGGUUGCAACGACUAUAUAUGUCAACUAAGAUUUCAGUCCAUAUGAGAUGGCAUAAAGAACAACGAGCUAGUGAUGGUUCAACUAUGAGGCAUCCAGCUGAUUCAGUCGUUUGGACUACUUUCGAUAAUGAUCAUAGUUGGUUUGCUGCAGAUGCUCACAAUGUUAGGCUUGGUUUAGCGAGUGAUGGUUUCAAUCCUUUCAACAACCUUGCAAAACCGUAUAGUAUCUGGCUCGUUAUCCUUGUGUCGUAUAACUUGCCUCCGUGGUUUUGCAUGAAAGAACAAUUUUUCAUCACGUCUCUCAUUAUUCCUGGCCCAAAAUCACCUAGUAAUGAGAUUGAUGUAUACUUGCAGCCCUUGGUAGAUGAAUUGAAUGAGCUUUGGGAGAAUGGGGUGCAUACAUAUGAUGCAUACAAGAAGGAAACUUUUAGAUUGCAUGCAGCUUUACUGUGGACAAUAAACAAUUUUCCUGCAUAUGGAAACCUAUUGGGCUGGUCAACUAAAGGGAAAUUGGCUUGUCCUUCAUGCAAUGCUAAUACAGAUUCUAUGUGGUUGACCUUUGGCCGUAAGCAUUGCUACAUGGGACAUCGUCAUUUUUUACCAUCAAACCACGUAUGGUGA